AUGGAUAUUCAUGUUCUUCAAAGCCAGCCCGCCCAGAAGGUGGCGUUUAAAGACUCUUCCACGGUUCGUGUGGAUUUGGUCCGCGGCGGGUUCCAGCCGCGCCUUCCGACUUCGUUGCCGCCCCCAGGGCAGCAGCAGCAGCCGUCGCCGCUACCACGCCGACAGUCCGUCCCGUUGAUGCCUCCCGCGCAGCUUCAUCCGGGAGCGCCCCAGGUGGUCGCUCCGGCGCCUGCGGUCCCUCUUCAGUCGCCACCGCCUUCGGAGCUGAUGGACGUCGACCCCUCAGCCGGGCCGCCUUCCCAAGCGGUGGCUGUGCAGCCUGUCCUGCAGCCGCUUUCCUUGGGCACCCCCAAGGAGUCUGACACCGCAGCGCCUUGUCCGGCGCCCACUCAGCAGCCGUCGACGCAGCGUCAGGAGACGCUGCCUCUCUUCGUGGGUCCCGACGCCCCGUCGCGUCCAAUGCAAACUGUGAUCUUAGAGCAGAGCGCCAACCUUAAUGCCGAAAUUAAAAAGGCGAAUUCGGAGCUGAAAGAGCAGAGCGCCAACCUUAAUGCCGAAAUUAAAAAUGCGAAUUCGGAGCUGAACUAUAGGCUCACAGAAGUUCAUAGGGAAGUAAAAGAGGAGGUAAAGAAUCUCGGCGUCAAAAUAGAGAAAGAGAUGGCCAUCAUCAAACGAACGGCAAUUGAAGCCAAAUUAAUUGCGUAA